AACGGGUUUUUUUAUGCAAACCAAACUAUAAAAAUGAUAGAUGAAGAUCCUUUCUUAAUUGUUAAAAGUCAAGUUGAAGAUUCAUUAAGCAACGCGUAUAAUUUAUUCGAGUCAUGGAAAAGAAUUCAGCAAACAGUCUCUUCGCCAAAGAAUCAAGAAUUACUAUGGACAGCAGAUGAGUUACAUUCAACCUUAGAGGCCAUUGAACAAGAUAUUGAAGAUUUACAAGAGGCAUUACAGGCAGCGCAAAGUAACCCCUCUCAAUUUAAUUUAACUGCCAAAGAUUUAAAUGCGAGAAAAAAGUUCUUGGACAACUCUCGUAAUUCCAUUCAAACCAUCCGCAGAACAUUAGCCAAUCCUCCUAGUAAAAAGUCUCAGUCUGGAAAUAAUGCAAGUUCAUCAUAUCAAACAGCACGGCAGAAUGAGAAUAGUUUAAUGAUUGAAAACGAGCACCAGCAGCAAAUGAUGAUUAUGCAAGAACAGGAUCAUCAUUUAGAUGCAAUGGGAGGUACACUGGUAAACUUAAAGGAAAUUGCGGGCACUAUGCAUACAGAAAUCGAUGAUCAGGUCAUUCUAUUGGAUGAUUUGGGAGAUCAAGUGGAUCGUUCAGAAGGAAAGUUAAAAAAUGCAAUGAGAAGGGUCACUACUAUUCUUAGAAAAGAAGAAGAAUCGAAGUCUGGUUAUUGCAUUUGUUGCCUUAUUAUUGUUUUAAUUAUUUUAUUAGUGCUUGCGAUUAUGAUGUGAAAUAAAAAAGCUUGGCCAAGUAAAUUUUAAAUGGAUAAGAGGAUCUUUAUUUUGCUCUUUUUUGU